GUCAGCCCGGGCUAGAAAAGGCGGCGAGGCUGGGCCCAGCGAGGUGACAGCCGCGCUUGGACGCAGAGCCCGGCCCGACGCCGCCAUGAGCGCCGCGCUCUUCAGCCUGGACGGCCCGGCGCGCGGCGCGCCCUGGCCAGCGGAGCCCGCGCCCUUCUACGAGCCGGGCCGGGCGGGCAAGCCGGGCCGCGGGGCCGAGCCGGGGGCUCUUGGCGAGCCGGGCGCUACCGCCCCCGCCAUGUACGACGACGAGAGCGCCAUCGACUUCAGCGCCUACAUCGACUCCAUGGCCGCUGUGCCCACCUUGGAGCUGUGCCACGACGAGCUCUUCGCCGACCUCUUCAACAGCAAUCACAAGGCGGGCGGCGCAGGCCCCCUGGAGCUGCUGCCCGGCGGCCCCGCGCGCCCCUUGGGCCCGGGCCUCGCGGUUCCGCGCCCACUCAAGCGCGAGCCCAACUGGGGCGACGGCGACGCGCCCGGCUCGCUGCUGCCAGCUCAGGUGGCCGCCUGCGCGCAGACCGUGGUGAGCCUGGCGGCCGCCGGACAGCCCACCCCGCCCACGUCGCCGGAGCCGCCGCGGAGCAGCCCCGGGCCGACCCCCGCGCCCGGCCCUGCGCGGGAGAAGAGCACUGGCAAGAGGGGCCCGGACCGCGGCAGCCCGGAGUACCGGCAGCGGCGCGAACGCAACAACAUCGCGGUGCGCAAGAGCCGCGACAAGGCUAAGCGGCGGAACCAGGAGAUGCAGCAGAAGCUCGUGGAGCUGUCGGCCGAGAACGAGAAGCUGCACCAGCGCGUGGAGCAGCUCACGCGGGACCUGGCCGGCCUCCGGCAGUUCUUCAAGCAGCUGCCCAGCCCGCCCUUCCUGCCUGCCGCCGGGGCCGCGGACUGCCGGUAACGCGCGGCGGGGGCGAGAGAGACUCAGCAACGACCCAUACCUCAGACCCGACGGCCCGGAGCGGAGCGCGCCCUGCCCUGGCGCAGCCAGAGCCGCCGGGUGCCCGCUGCAGUUUCUUGGGACAUAGGAGCGCAAAGAAGCUACAGCCUGGACUUACCACCACUGAACUGCGAGAGAAGCUAAACGUGUUUAUUUUCCCUUAAAUUAUUUUUGUAAUGGUAGCUUUUUCUACAUCUUACUCCUGUUGAUGCAGCUAAGGUACAUUUGUAAAAAAGACUUCUCAGACAAACCCUUUGUAUUGUAGAUAAGAGGAAAAGACUGAGCAUGCUCACUUUUUUAUAUCAAUUUUUACAUUAUUCGUAAGAAUAAAGCAGCAUUUGAAAUCUC